GAAAAAAAAAAAAAAACUGGUGGCAUGUCGCCACAGACACAUGUCCGCAAGAAGAAAUUGACAACGUAGAGAGUAGAGAAAAUGCAUGUUCUUCUGUUAAUUGUUGUAGCUGAAUGCUUGUAGAGUCUGAGACCCACGUUUCUAAAUCGGACCUUGAAAAUCUUAGCUUCUGAUUCUUCUCCGAUUAAUUUCUUUGGUCGGCGACCACCACCUACCGUCACUCAACCACCAUACGGGAUCCGAGUAUCAAACUUGUAUUCCAGUUGAAGUUGAAAUAUUAGGAAAAGCGUGCAUCAGGUUUUGUAUGGUAUCAGGUUGGAGAGUGGGGGAAUGCUUGGUUCACUGAAUUUUCAGGUUGUUUUACUUUUGGAUUUCGGGAAUGAUGCUCAUGUAUCUGGAAUAACUUGAAUUGAAUGUUCAGGUUGUUUUACAUUAUAUUUGAAUUUUUGAGACUGUACUUUCUGUCAUUUGUUCAUUUCAAUUACUGACUAAAAUCGGAAAACAAAGCAGGUACAGGGUGAAUUGGCUUGUUUAAAAAUUGUUACACGCCAUUGAUGACUCAGAAAGGUUCACUUUAUACAUUAUAGUAAAAGAGCAUUACUAUGUGUAGUGUUCAACUUUUACAUAUCACGCAGAGGUUUUGUCACCUAUUGGUUCCUUGAUAAUACUCCAAAUUAUCAUAAUCUUCAGGCAAUUGAUGCCACAUUAGAGAUGAGAUAUAAUGUGGAACCAAUCAGAGAAAAUGAGGUUUGGGGUAAGAUAAGUUUUAUGAAUGUUGGUGCAAAUUUAAAGCAAUGGGUGAGGAAAACUACUGUUGAAGGAAGUUAUUUAUGAAUGUUGUUGUAAAAAAAUUGUGAAAUUUACACUUCAUUCAAUUUUAUCCAUUUUUACAUGUUGAUUUCUUUUUUCCUUUUUCCUGUUUUAUUAGUGUUGUACAACAAACACAAAUUACACUUUGCCAAUGAUUUUCCUUUGAAAGUUGUUUCGUCAUUAUGCAGCAACAGUGACAGAUGAGCACCAGUUCUUUUCAAAACCUGUGACAUGAAAGUUGCAAUAACUGUUAGGAAGCUUGGAUGUACCUCUAAUCUUUUGAAGGAAACAAGUAUUAAUAUUUACCGUAUAAUUAUUGCGUGGAAUAUCAUUUAAUUUGGAUAUGAUGGAGUUCUGUGCUGAAAGUUCCCAUUCAAAUGGGAAACAAACUUUGAAGCAUUCUAAACCUGCAGAUGAAGUGAAAAGAUCCAGUGAAAAGGCUCACAGAAAUUCUCAUUCCAAUGGAAAGCAAAAUUUUAAGCAAACUUCGAUUUUUGUUAAUCAUGCUGCAAUUGCUUGGCAUGAGGAUAGAAGAAAAUGGGUUGGUGAUAGGUCUCAGCAUCCACCAAGAAUAGCUAAAGAUCAAAUUAUUAGCUGGUCAACGUCUUAUGAAGAGCUGCUUUCAACUAACGAACCUUUUGCAGAGCCAAUUCCCUUACCUGUGUCCGCGUGCACUGAUCAUGAUCGUAGAGGGAGACCAUCUAUGUUCUCCGCGUUAACCUCAGCAUCUAAUCCUUUUAUAUGUAGAAAUGGUUAAUGGUUAUUAUUUUGCAUCAUUUAUCUAAUGACAAAUUUCAUUAUAUAUACACACACCCACCAUAAAAAAAUAUAUUAUUUGUAUCUCAUGAUCCAUCAGCAAACAGACAAGUUCAAAUCCAUGCAUUAAAUAGAUGGUUUGAUCAAUGCUACUUUUUCAUUUCUAAAUUCAAUUGUGCCACAGUUGUGUUU